CCAAAAAGAUCACACUAAAAAUUUUUGUUUUCCCUCCAAAAAAGUUCGGCGGUUCUCCUUCACUCCUCCCUAGGGUUUCCACAUCGCCUGCGACGAUCGCUGAGAUCGCUCCUAAUCUUCUCUCGAUUCAUCGGGUUUUGGAGGAAGAGGAGGGAUGGAGCCGGUGGUGUUGACGAGCGGCGCGAUAACGACGAUAUCGGAGGGUGGGGCGGAGGGGAUGAAGCCGAUGGUGCAGGUGCAUGAUAUUCGGUUGGUGAAUACGGCUCAGAACACGGCGGAGAGGUACCGUAUGAUGCUUUCUGACGGUACUCACACUCAGCAGGCUAUGCUUGCUACUCAGAUGAACCUUAUUGUCAAAUCCGGGCGCUUCAGAAAGGGAUCCAUUGUCCGGUUGAAUGAGUUCAUCUGCAAUGUCAUCCAGGGCCGGAGGAUUAUCAUUGUCAUCAAUUUGGAAGUCAUAGUUAGCAAGCAUGACAUCAUUGGGGAACCAAAACAAUAUGAUACCACUGCUGCUGGUUCACAGCUGCGAGCUCCUGUUUCUGCUCAGCCAUCUGGCAUGAAUCAGUCCAGUAUCCCUGCAGGGAAUCCUCAAUCUUAUGGGGGUUCGCAUUCUGGCAGUUCACUCAGUGGGCAAAAUGUGGCUGGCAGAAGUUCUAUGUAUGCAAAUGCAGAGUCAGUGACAAACCCUUCAUCUUUCAGCAAUUCAUUUGCCAGUGGCGCUCCUUCUGGGAGGAAUAUGAACAACAUAAAUUCCCAUUAUCCCAGAGCUGAGCAGGGUGGUGGAGCUUCUAAUGAUAUGCAGGUUAAUGGUGGUUAUCAAAACCAAAGAUUUUCUAAUCCAGUGCCUGCUGGUGGCUAUCGUCCUCCUGCUAAUGCUUAUGACCGCACAGGGCAGCCAACAUAUGCGCAACCACCGCCAUUGUACACUAACAGGGGGCCUAUUGCCAAAAAUGAAGCACCUGCCAGGAUCAUUCCCAUUGCUGCUUUGAAUCCUUACCAAGGCAGGUGGACUAUUAAGGCUAGAGUGACAGCUAAAGGGGAGCUUAGACGUUACAGUAAUCCUAGAGGCGAGGGAAAAGUAUUUUCCUUUGAUCUCCUUGACUCUGAUGGGGGGGAGAUCCGCGUGACUUGCUUUAAUAUGGUUGCUGACCAGUUUUAUGACAAAAUUGAAGUGGGCAGGGUAUAUUUGAUUUCUAAAGGUAGCUUGAAGCCGUCUCAGAAGAGUUUUAAUCAUCUCAACAAUGAGUAUGAAAUUUUCUUGGAAUCUACAUCAACAGUUCAGCUUUGCCUAGAGGAGGACAACACUAUUCCCAAGCAGCAAUUUAACUUCAGACCAAUUAGUGAAAUUGAAGGCAUGGAAAAUAACUCGAUGCUUGAUGUGAUUGGUGUGGUGUCCUCAAUAAACCCGUCUGGCACAGUAUUAAGGAAAAAUGGUACUGAAACCCAAAAGAGGACUCUUCAGUUAAAGGACAUGUCUGGACGGAGUGUUGAGAUAACUUUAUGGGGAAAUUUUUGCAACGCAGAAGGCCAGCAGUUACAGACCAUGUGUGAUUCUGGCAUGUUUCCUGUUUUAGCUGUGAAGGCCGGUAGGGUUAGUGACUUUAAUGGGAAAUCACUUGGGACAAUUGGCAGCAGCCAGCUAUUUAUAGACCCUGAUUUUCCUGAGGCACACAGAUUAAGGGAGUGGUAUAAUAGAGAUGGGAAGAAUUUAAUUGCUCCUUCUAUAUCAAAAGACUCUUCUAGCAUGGGAAGAACUGAUGUCCGUAAGACUGUUUCACAAAUCAAGGAUGAGGGCCUUGGUAGAUCAGAUAGACCUGAUUGGAUCACUGUAAAGGCGACUGUUUCAUUUAUAAAAGCUGAUAAUUUCUGCUAUACUGCCUGUCCCUUGAUGGUGGGAGACAGGCAAUGUAAUAAGAAAGUUAACAACAAUGGUGAUGGAACAUGGCAUUGUGAUCGCUGUGAUAAGAGUUUCCCUGAAUGUGAUUACAGGUAUCUUCUCCAGUUUCAAAUCCAGGAUCAUACAGGCAUGACCUGGGUUACUGCCUUCCAGGAAUGUGGUGAGGAAAUCAUGGGUGCUUCUGCAAAGGAGAUGUACUUGUUGAAAUAUGAAGAGCAGGAUGAUGUAAGAUUUGCAGAAAAUAUAAGGAAGGUUCUCUUUAAUGAGUACCUGUUUAAGUUGAAAGUUAAAGAGGAGACAUUUAGUGAUGAGCAGCGUCUUAAGUCAACUGUUGUAAAAGCUGAAAAGGUAAAUCCAUCAUUGGAAAGCAGAUACCUGCUGGGUCUGAUUGAGAGACUUUCUAAAGAAGAUCUCAAUGGAUCUCUAGGAAAUCCGGGAGGUUCUGUUUCUGGUUUUGGAAUGAAUAAUGGUGGAUACAGUAACAUGAGCUCCAUGCCUGGCACACAUUCAGUUGGCAACAAUUUUGGUGGUAACAUUGGUGCUGACAACUAUAGAACCGGAGCAGCAAUCACAACUGAGUAUCAUGCCAAUGAAUAUGGAGGCCCUAUGAAUAAUAGUAGUUUUGGGGCUCGAGGAGCCUAUGUUUCCUGUAAUAAUUGUGGCUCUGUUGGUCACACUAUUCAGAACUGCCCGAGGAGCUCAAGCAUGCCGGCUCAGAUGACUGGUGGAAACUUCAUGAACAGAUCUGCAAAUAGUGGGAUGGAUGGUGGUAAUGCUCAAAAUGUCUGCUUUAAAUGCCAACAACCGGGGCACUGGGCGAGAGAUUGUCCUGGAUUGGGUGGUCGCCCUUCAGCAUAUGGUACAGUCCAACAACACUGGUGAAUUGCCGUGCAUCUAAUCUCACCUAGUCUCUGGUUGCUAAACUUCCAAGAGGUGGUUUCUAUUGUUAUUCAGGUAGAAUGGCAAGGGUGCAUUUGGAUUAUAUCAUGAAUGCCUUUCAUCAACAAUUCUAGUUGAUGCAAAGUUGAACUGCCCCUCUCUGGAUUUUUCAAUUUCACUAGGAUGAAGAAAAAAAAACAAAAAACUUUGUUUAAGAUGUCCUCUUUAGAUUUUUUCUUUUUUUUGUUUUUGGCUUGUAGUAUAUACCUACCCUGCUUUUGCUUUGCCAAAACUUUACUGUAAUAAUCCUCUUUCUCAGAUUCUCUUAUCAGCUAUCUUUUUUUACAA